CGCCAUGGAGAUGAAGAAGCGGCUGACGCUGGAGUUGCGGAACAAGAAGCCCGGCGAGGUGAAGGAGCUGGUGCUAGACAACUGUCGCUCCGACGAUGGGAAAAUCUGCGGCCUCUCCUCGGACUUUGAAAACCUUGAGUUCCUCAGCAUGAUCAACGUCAACCUCCUCUCUGUCUCCAACCUCCCUAACCUCAGCAAACUUCGGAAGCUGGAGUUGAGUGACAAUCGCAUCUCCGGUGGCUUGGAAGUCCUGGCGGAGAAGACCCCCAACCUGACGCAUUUGAAUCUGAGCGGGAACAAAAUCAAGGACAUUAACACGUUGGAACCACUGAAAAAAUUGCCGCACCUACGGAGCUUGGACCUCUUCAACUGCGAGGUGACGAUGCUGAUCAACUACCGGGACAGUGUCUUCGCCCUGCUGCCCCAGCUGACCUACUUGGACGGCUUCGACGCCAGCGACAAGGAGGCCCCUGAUUCGGACCCCGAAGGGGACGGCCUGGACGAUGACUACGACGAGAAUGGAGAAGAAGGCGAGGAGGAGGAUGAAGAGGACGAGGAAGAACUAGAUGAAGAUGUCGUAGAUGAUGAAGAGGACGAGGAUGAUUUGGAUGGAGAAGAGGAAGAAGAUGGGGUAGAAGAUGAGGAGGAAGAAGAGGAGGAGGAGGGAGAAGACGAAGAUGAUGAAGAAGGUGAAGAGGACAUCCCACAGGGCGAGAAACGAAAACGAGAGCUCGAGGACGAGGGAGAAGACGAUCCGGAGGAUGAGGACGACGAGGAAGAUGACUGACUCCUCCUUCUCCUCGCGAGCCAAUCAGUUUUGCGGACUGUGACUUUUCUCACCCUGGCCUCCACUGUUGUGUCCCACGUGAGACUGUAACAAAUUCUCCCCGCCCAUCCCGCAAUGGCGUCUCUGCCCCCCCUCCCCACACCCCUCUUUGUAUGGCUGCAACUCCCACAGUAUAUUUUUUUAAAAUGUAGAAGAAGAAGAAAAAAAGCUGUAGGCGUUUUUGGAAAGUGUUCCUCCCCUCCACGGAAUGCUCACUUCCUGUGUGACCUCCGCCACUUCCUGUUUGGGUA